ACGUCUUGAUCCCCAAUCCGGCACAAUGCAACCAAAGGGUCUUCAUUAUCGGCAAAGCUGUCCCGGAGGCGCUUACUACGUCUGUCAGAAUGGUUUUAGAGGCUGUUGUUUCAUCGAUCCUUGCAACCCUGGCGCCACAUGUCCAGACUCCAGCAGCACUCUGUCUACCUCUUCAGCCACUACACGCAAACCGAGCCCGCCUUUUACGAUAACAACUGCCUCGACUCAGACUCAAAUGUCCUCCCCAGCAACCAUGUCCUCUUCCUCAGCUAGUACUACCUCAACUAGCGCGAUACCCACUGCAACGAGCUUGACAUGUCCAGCCGCAAACAUGACAGCGUACGUUGACCCCAACAAAGUCCAAUACUCGAUUCGUUGCAAUGCCGACAAUUCCUACGAUUCUUUCAACUCCACAACUGUCAGCACAGGAGGAUUCGGCAGAUGCUUUUCAGCAUGCGACAACUUUGCAGCCUGCGCAGGGUUCACGUUUGUAGGAACUGAUUCGGGGAUUUGCUAUCUGAAAUCCAAUCUCCCAGCAGAUGGCUAUUCGAGUACUUCAGGAAGCAACUAUGUGACAGUCGCUUUGCUGAACCGCAACGCUCAAGUCGUUCCACCAGCAGAUGCCCUACCGACAAACUCCUCUCACCCGUCGCAUGACUCCAAGGGCAUACCUAUCGGGGCUAUUNGUUGGAGGUGUGAUUGGUGGCUUGGCUCUUCUCAUCCUUCUUGCUCUGCUCGUAUUCUUCUGCCUGCGCAGCCGGCGCAGAAAGAGAGAAGAGAGAAGAGAAGCCACCAGAGCGUUCCACGAGGUCCAACAGAGUCUCAUAUGAAGGGUGACUCACUGUUUGCAGCACUCGGAGNGGUUCUAUCAAGGACAUACGACAGCGCCGAAGCAAGUACCACUCGACGAGUCUCGGCUCACCAGAGAAGAUUCUGCAAACGGAUUUUUCGCAGCCAAGUACGA